AUGGACAUUUUCUCUGAAGUCGGCGCGCCUGCCGUGGCUGUGGCAUCUGCCUUGUCGGUGGCCGCCGGUGCAUAUCUGAAUGCGAAGCUUGGAAUUUCCACCGAUUUGCGAACAAUCGCUCGCGAUAAGGCUGCCAUGAAGCGGUUAAACGACCGCAUCGCUAAGCUCGAUGGCUCAGCAACCAUCUACAAGCUACUUGAGCGGGCAGUGGAGCUUGAAGGACGAGGUACCGCCGAUGCGCUCUGGUUUGAGCAUAAGACAUGGUCAUACAGCCAAUUGAAAGAUUUGGCCGACAGGAUGGCUGCUCUUUUGAAGAGCCGUGAUAUCAACACCGGUGAUACAGUGGCUGUGUUUACCACCAACUCACCGGAAAUGGUAGUAAUUCUAUAUGCUUUGUCGAAAUUGGGAGUCGUGGCAGCAAUGAUUAAUACCAGUCUGAGAGAUGAUACUUUCAUCCAUUGUCUCAACGUCUCCGGCUCCAAAUCAAUCAUCUCAACCGCAGAUCUGUCUCAGCACAUCUGCGUCGACCUACCACACUUUACAUACAGCAUGGGGUCAUUCGAAGGUGUCGAAACAAUCUCAGCCGAGGUCGUCACCCCCGAAACUCUCCAGCGAUAUUCCCCAUCAGGAAUUUCCGCAGCCAAGCGCACCAUGAAAGAUAUCUGCGUCUUGGUAUACACAUCAGGAACAACUGGAAAACCCAAAGCUUGCGCAAUCCGCAACAUGCUCGCCAUGAUCACCGCCACCCCACUCUCACAAGAUGUCGACAACCCCGAAAAGUACCACCCAUUCCGCGUAUACUCCCCUCUCCCCCUCUUCCACGGCACAGCCUUCUUCAUCGGCCUAUGCGCCGCCAUCGGUAACGGAGGUACAUUAUGCCUCGGACGCAAAUUCUCCGCCUCCCGCUUCUGGAAAGAGGUGCACGACUCAGGCGCAACCCGUAUCUUAUAUAUCGGCGAGCUAUGUCGGUACCUUCUUGCAGCGCCACCAUCACCCUAUGACCAGGACCACAAGUGCAUCGUAGCAAGCGGUAAUGGGCUGCGCGGAGAGAUCUGGGAGAAGUUCCGUAGGCGCUUUAACGUUCCUGAGAUCCGUGAGUUCUACCGCUCAACAGAGGGAAUUGCCAAAUUUGAUAACUACGGUGUUGGAGCCUGGGGUGCCGGCAAGAUCGGGUUUUCUGGGCCUAUCCGCCGGUUUGUGGAAGAUGUCACUUUCAUCGUCAAGUAUGAUACUGAUACCGAGAUGCCGUACCGCGAUCCUGUCACUGGGUUCUGUGUGAAGGCUGCGCUUGGAGAAGAGGGCGAGGCAAUUGGUCGUGUUCGGGACCGUGGUACACUGAUUGAGUAUCAGGGCAAUGAGGCUGCAACGGAAGAGAAGCUUCUGCGUGAUGUGUUCCAGAAAGGAGACUUGUUCCAACGGUCUGGUGAUUUGGUGGUUCAAGAUGAGUCUGGGUGGGUAAGGUUCCAAGAUCGAGUUGGUGACACUUUCCGCUGGAAGGGUGAGAAUGUUAGUGCGGGUGAGAUUCGGGACCAUAUUUGCCGGAUUGAGGGUGUACAUGACGCUGUGGUAUAUGGUGUGAAGCUGAGUGGAUAUGAUGGCCAAGCUGGAGCUGCUGGUAUUACACUGGAAUCGCCAUCGGCUGAGACAGAAUUGAUGUCGAACUUGUACAAGGAGCUCAGGAAGAAGGGUGUUCCUUCAUAUGCUCUGCCCCGAUUGGUCCGACUUACUGAGAAGGUUGCCACAGGUGUCACUUUCAAGCAGGCUAAAGGUGACUUAUCGAAGAAGGGUUGGAAUCCUCGUCAGGACUGGGGCGGCGAUGUUUUGUACUGGUUGAACGGCACAAAUUAUCAGAAGUUGGAAGAGCAAAGUUGGGCACAGAUUGAGAGUGGUAAAGCAAAGCUCUGA